AUGGAUGAUGUGUCUGCCUUCGUGCUUUCCACACAGCAGGGGAAUUCUGACCUCGAUUAUGAGCCAAGUCUUCCAGGGCUUUCGAAGAAACUUUUUGGCAUCGAUCUGCACAUAGAAGAUGUCGAUUGUGAACGCGUGCGCCUUAGGUCGCAAUUACAAGUAGUUUCGAAGAAGAUAUCAACUCUAAUUAUGGAGAAAUCACCUUCAUAUAAUGCGCACAUAGAAGAUAUGGACUCUAUAAAUGCUAGCAUAAGAGAGUUGGUUCGUAGUAUUCGAACGAUUAGAGAAGCGCUUGGUAUCGCGCAGUCUGAAAGCCGGAGAGCUCUAUAUAUACUCGCAAACGAGAAGAAGAAACGUUUACUGAAUAGACUCCACUCAACGUUGCGAAUUAUCAAAACACUUUAUGAGACAGAGUUCCACCUGAGAGAUUGUAUAGAGUUGUGUGAGGUAUGUGAGUUAUCUUUCGGUAUAUUCGAGUCAUUUAGAACACAGUCAUCUCUUGCUAUUCUGCAGUUCUUUAGUGAUUUAAUGACUAAACUGGUUGGUUCCACUAAUUUGAUAGAGGGUGCUCUUGAUGACGCAUUAAGCACUUUCACUAUGGUUUUCGAUCAGGAUCAAUAUGUUUUAGUUUAUUCGGCCUUUAUAAUGCUUAAUAAAGUUGAGCUAGCCUCAAGAAAGCUUGUGAAUCAUUUUGUCACAACGUUAAAGAAAUCGUCGCGUAAGAUUGUAGAGGAGCACUGUAUAGUAGACCACUGUCUAGUCAGUGUUGCUGAGAUGUCUUAUGAAGCAUUGUGUGAGUUAAUCAUGUUGCUUGAGCGUGUCGAUCCCGAACACAUUGUGUCGACAGUUAGAGAACUAUGCUAUGUGAUGUGCAAAAUUCUCACAAUUUACCAUAUCAUUCUACGUUUCCACAAUGAAGACGAUGAGAGAAGAAGACUAGGCAGUUUGACUGAGGAUGCUUCCAUCGGUGUGGUGAUGAACUGUAUGAUUUCAUCACUUAAUGAAGUGUUUCAUGUGGCACUAUCGGCAUUGCACUCAUUAGUAUGCUGCCAGGACUUUUCUUCACUAAAAUUCGAAGAACUGUUGGAUAUUGUUGAUAUGGCGAAGAGAUUUCAUGAUUUCGGUCAUCUAUUUUUCGGCGAUUCAUCUGAUAAAAUAGCCGUAUCCUUAGAGAAACAGGCCAUCGCAUACUUUGUUCACUACCAUUCAGAAAGAGUGGAAGAAUUGCGUGUAUUCUUGGAGAACGAGUGUUUCACGUUGUGUCCUGUUCCUAACCAGUUCACCAUAUUUGAUCUUCAGUCAAGAAGGGAAUCGGACCGAACAUCAAGAUCUGCAGAAGAACCGGAAGAUCUACAGCAAGAGAACACAUCAAGUGACAGAGUGGAAAGAGAAUUUGUUGCUCGACAGCUCUAUCUUGUGCGGCCAGUGAUGGAAUCGUUGCUGGCUAAGCCAAGUGAGAAAGUUAGCUGGAGUCUAGAUCGCUUCUAUGGCAACGAUUUCGAUGAUUUAUCGCUUCGACUAGAGCGUGCCACUAAGAAUAUCCACCUAAGUGAUUCUGUACGAACACUGUUGUGGGAACAAACGAUAUUCUACACGUUCAAGGCACUCGUCCAAGGGUACUGCGAAAGCGGUAGAUGUUCGACUGAGGGUCGUGCAUUAAUGCAACUGGAUUUCCAACACCUGUUGUCAAAGCAGUUCUUACAGCUUGAGCCAAUCUGCGGUCUUCACCCUAUUCCUCAUUGCGCGUUCGUGGAAGGAUACAUAAAGGCAUUUUAUUUGUCGGAAAAUGGACUUGAAGAAUGGAUUCACAAGCAUUCUGAAUACACUUCCAAACAGAUGAUCUCACUACUUAGCGUUGCUACUCAUGUGUCGAGAAAGGCUAGAACACGGAUAAUAAAUGCUCUAAGUGACUAA